AUGGCGCACUAUCCUCCAUGGCCUCCUGCCGCUGGGUCGCCAUCUGCCCAUCCUUCCAACUAUCCUCCACCGCCGCCUAUUCCGCCGCCGACUACAGGACAGACCAUGGCGCUACCGCCAGAGCUGCAGGCUUUGAACAUUACUCCUCAGCAAAUGGCUGCGCUCUUGACUCACCUUCAAGCUGGCACCUUUCCUUUCCCUCCUCCUCCUCCGCCGCCGCCUCCACCGCUGCAGUCUUUUCAGUCGGUCGCGUCCUUCGCGCCUGUGCCUUUCCCACCUCCCGUGCCAACACAAACUGCUGCCGGUCAAAAUCUGUCGGCGCCAACCGCAGUGCCUGCUCACAUGGACAUCGAUCGUGAGGAGGGCGAAGUCAGCGAUGCUUCGCAACACGUUAACCGUGCAUCCACCGCGACGUCUUCUAAGAAGCGGAAGUCGCGUACUUCGCAGUUGGCCCACCGUGCAGCAGCGCCUCAGCCCAACCCCUCCUCUAAUCCUACAAAGAACAACCCAGAUGUAAGUCAGGUCUCUACACAACGGAAAAGGGAAGCUGUUUUGCCUUUUAUUGCUGCGCUGCACCAGGAAGGUUUCACCUUCGACGAAUUUGUCCGCGAGGGCUUCGAGGAGAAUUUGCUUCGUCAAGUCUAUCGAGACUUGCAAAUCCCCAUUGUUCCACCGCAGAUUCCCAGUGCACAAGCACUGGCGACAGAGACUGUAGCUCUAAAGGCGACGAGUGCCGCACCCUCUCAGCCGUCUUCUGUUCCUCCCGUGAAGGAAUCCAAGCUCGUUGUCCCUGUCAAACAGGCGCCACCUAUGAGCCGUCAAGAUUACCUAGCACGCCUACAAGCUGCAAAGAACAAGAAAGCUGAAGCUGCCCCUCCGACGCAGCCCGCNGCUACCCACAAAAUCCGCGACUCCUUCUGUCAAAGACGAGACUGCAUCUCCCCGGUUGUGCUUCCUGCUCAAACACAACCUGAAUCUGAAGAAUUGCAAAGAGUCACUCCUCGGUCCGUUUCGAUGAACAACAAGCAGUCGCAAACUACCGAGUUGAUCCGUAAGAAGAUGGAGGCCCUGAAGGCGACGCAACGCCGCUUGGCCAACAGUACUUCCACUACUUCAGUGGCGCCUGUUACAGUGCCCAUCACACAUGCUGCAGGACAGUCGCAAGUCAAGCCUACACCGACUGCCCCCGUAGGCAAAACUCCGCUGCCAUCUUCUCAACUGGCAACUGCAAGCAUGAUUCCUGGUUUACGCAUGUCGACCUCGAUGGCCAAUUCUCCACAGCCUCAGACUCAAUUCCAGACCGGCCCAUCAACUUCUGGCACCUCAGCAGGCUCUUCGAAUAANCUCUACCCCCAGCCUGUCACUACCACAUCCGCACCUAUGCUCAGAAAACGCCCUGUAGCAUCCGACCUCAAUGAGGCUCAAAACGUUGCUGACCAUCAUCCGUUCAAGAGGCCGUUCGGGCAGAGUAGGCAGAACAGUUUUGAUGCAGGAAUGAUCAUUCAGGUCAGCGAUGAUGACGACACAUCUGAUGAUGAUGAUGAUGAUGAUGAGCUGAGCAGUGUAAGGCCUUUGGUCAAAGCCAGCGCAAUUCCUGCUGGCCAACGCGAUAAGAACAUCCGCGAUCUGCCUCCUCUACGAGACUUUCCUCAACGCUCGGCAGCAUUCCACAAGCAGUUGGGGAUCUUCACACCGCCCCUCGGAACCCCUGGAGCAUCGAGUGAUGCCGAAGAGCUAAGAAGGAAAGAGUUGGAAAUAACAUCUCUCAAUCAAAGAAUUCAAGAGUACGAAAAGCGCAAAGCUGCACUCAGGGCGAAGGGCAAUCUCGUUCAGAGCCAGCCCCAGACUCCUCAGGGUGCGUCAACUUCUGGAAAGACUUCCGCGCUCCCUACUUCUAGUGCCGCAGCAUCACAAGCACCUGCACCGGCCGCAAAUCGGCCUAAUGUGCCCGCCGAUCGACGCACUGAACUGAAGGCUGCUUUGACAGCACGAAACGCCGAUAUUGACAACCAAAAGGCUAGAAUCGUGGAGAUGCAAAAACAAAUGGCAGAUAUGCAAAGGCAGUAUGACCAAGACAUGGAGAACCAACAGAAGCUUCGUGAAGAACUCGAAAGUCUAGACGUGAACACGGAAGGAAUGACCCAAGCCGAGAUGGAGGCCAAGAAGCAGGAGAUUGAGGAAUUACACGACAUGGAGACAACCGGACUCGGUUUGAACGGAGCUCAAGCAGACAAUGGCCUACCAGCCACGGGAUCAACUCAGACCGAGGACAUGGACGUGUCCAUGAGCGAAACNAAGCGCACUCAUCUCCCACGGCACCCUACUCGCGACCAAGGCACAGGGUCUGGCUUCGUUGAGCUCCCUCUCUCGCAAGCUGUUGCUGCAAUUGACCAGCUAAGUGGACGCCAGCUACAGAAUCGCAAACUCUCUAUUCAGAUGUCGAAGUUUGAGCCCAAGCUAUCGCCCUCGCCUUCACCCGAUCCGAGCUCUGCCUCAUCUGACAGUGGCAGUGAUGAUGAGAUGGACAUCUCGACAGACUCUGAUGACGAGAGCGAGGACGACGAGAACAACGCAACAGCUACUUCUAUCGAGCAGAUAGACAAUGUUCCAUAUAAUGCAUCGGUAGAUGUGGCAUCGACCUCAGACGCCUCAACUAACGGAGAUGAGGACGGGAAUGAGGACGAAGAUGAAGAUCGAAUGGAUCUCGAGUCCUCGGAUGCAUCUUCUGAAGAGUAUUCACCAGAGCCUGCUGCUGUACCUGUUUCUUCGCUACCUCUGUCGCAGUCUAGCAACACUAGCAGACAAAACCUUGCUGACGAUUUAGCCCCCGAACUACAGCCAAAUGCCGAGCAACAAGUCGAUGUUUCCGAAGCGGUAAGUUCUACCAACAGGAUCCAGCGUGUGCUGACAACAGUACAGGUCAAUGCUGCCUCAUCUGCCGGCACGGCUUUUAAACCAUACGAGAGUCUGCUCAAGAACUUCAAGGGCUAUCGUUAUCAUCCCGAUUACCCUCGUGAAGUACAGGGUGGGUAUCGUUCGUUGACCUACAGUCAUCAAAUUGAUCCCAACAAAGAGCUUUGCCGUUAUGAAGUUGCAUCUGGUGUUUGCAACGACAGUUCGUGUGAUUAUCAGCACUUCCGCGACAUGGGCGUUUCUGAUGAUACUCUUCUCCUUCAGAUGGGCACGAACGGCAAUCCUGGCAACAACACAGAGUACAGACAAGGCUUGAGAGAUAUUCUGCAACAGAUGAGAGACGAUAACGAUCUUGAGACUGAGGCUGUGGCCACACGCGUUGCCCAGCACCGAAGAGAUUUCUUCGAAGAUUCCUCCAACAUACUUGGAUUGUAG